AUGAUAUGGAGGGGAUUGGAACACCUGAAUCACAUGAUAUGGAGGGGAUUGGAACACCUGAAUCACAUGAUUUGGAGGGGAUUGGAACACCUGAAUCACAUGAUAUGGAGGGGAUUGGAACACCUGAAUCACAUGAUUUGGAGGGGAUUGGAACACCUGAAUCACAUGAUUUGGAGGGGAUUGGAACACCUGAAUCACAUGGUAUGGAGGGGAUUGGAACACCUGAAUCACAUGAUAUGGAGGGGAUUGGAACACCUGAAUCACAUGAUAUGGAGGGGAUUGGAGCACCUGAAUCACAUGAUAUGGAGGGGAUUGGAACACCUGAAUCACAUGAUUUGGAGGGGAUUGGAACACCUGAAUCACAUGGUAUGGAGGGGAUUGGAACACCUGAAUCACAUGAUAUGGAGGGGAUUGGAACACCUGAAUCACAUGAUAUGGAGGGGAUUGGAGCACCUGAAUCACAUGAUAUGGAGGGGAUUGGAACACCUGAAUCACAUGAUAUGGAGGGGAUUGGAGCACCUGAAUCACAUGAUAUGGAGGGGA